AUGGCAGGUCCGACCUCGCCGGGCACCGAAGGCCCCACGUUUGCCCCGCCCCAUCUCCCUGCUGGCUGGAUCGCCCAGUGGGAUGGCUCAAGCAAGAAGUACUACUUCGUGCAGCUUUCCACCGGUGUCUCGCAAUGGGAGGUCCCGACCGACGCCGCUCCUACAGGCGCAACUCCUGCCCAACCCUCUGAUCAUCCGUACGGCGUUCCUCAACCCGAACUCAUCACCCAUCCCGACGGUAGCCAGACCGUGCGACACGCCGAUGGCACCCUGGAGCCCGUCAACCCUCCCAUGCCACCCGACAAUACAAACACGAGAGGUCUUGAUGGUCCGACGGGCGACCGUGGCCUAGGUAGCAUGGCUAUGAACGCGCUGCUUGGCAAGAACUCCAGCCAUAACAACUCAUCAGGCUCCCAUGGGAAUUCUUCAAGUCCUCUCGGUGGGCUUGCAAGUCAGCUAAUCAGUGGGAUUGGAGGUCAUGGAAAUAACAACGCCAAUACUAGUAGUGGGGGAAAGAGCUCUCUGGGCAAACUCGGAGGUGCACUGGCUUCCAGUUUCCUCAACAAACCGCAGCAGCAGCAGCAGCAACAGGGGCAACAAGGCCAUCAGGGACAGCAGCAGAACUACCACGGCAGCCAGUCUACGGGACACCAGCAGCAGCAUGGAGGUCUCGCAGGUUCUCUUAUGGGCGGUGUCGCCAAUAUGUUUGGUGGUAAUAAGCCAGCUCACGGCAGCAACGAUUACGGAUACUCCAACAGCGCUUCUGGCGGCGGCGGUUACUCUGGCCAGGCUCCUCCUACCUCUUACCAGCCGUCGGGCUCGACGCAUACCCAGCACUCAUCCCCACCGGCAGGUGCCUCUUCCUACCACUCGCCCGCUUCCAACCAGGGUCACAACCAACAGUCGUAUCCUCCGCCGCCGACUCAAGCCCAGAAUCACAACCAGUCAUUUCCUCCACCGCCUAACCAGUACUCCACGCCGAACCAGGGCCAGACGCAUCACAACACCGCUUAUGGGGCGCCGCCUCAGCAAUCUCAUAACCAGUACCCUCCUCCGCCUUCUGGCGGGCCCUCUUCAUCAUAUGGUCAGCAACCCAGUUACGCCGCUCAGUCUAACCAACAACAGCAACAGCAGUACAGCGGAUACAACCCGGCAACCUACGGUGGUGGGAACCCCCAAGGCUCCCAGCCCGGUGGCUACCCCAGCCAACCCUCGUAUGCUGGCAAUUCUUCUCAGCAGGGUGGCUACAACACCCACUACUGA